AUGCCUACAACUUAUUCUAAUUUAUCUACCUCUCCUGUUUUUUUUCCUCCACGUUAUGUUGAGCGAUGUGGGAAUGCAUCUUCAGAUUUCUGCCCUACUAACCACAAACAAUAUCAGCAAUGCACGGAUAUUGAAAAUGAAACCAUCGAAGAUGGAGAAAACGAAACUAAUUCGAAUUAUUCUACCGUCCAUAUCAAACAUGAAAAGAAGUACAAGAAAGGCGAUUCUUAUGAACGACAUUCGUAUUCAAUUAAAUGUGUUAACCACAACAAAGACGAAAGUAAAAGUCUUCAAUACUCACGUGAAGAAAAAUUUUUACUACCAGUGACAUUAGCUGCUUGUGUAACAGUUUCAUCUCAACAUCUGCAUCCUCGGAAUACACUUUGUACGGCCCGAAGAGGGGAUUUUAUUGGUGCUUAUUAUCAGUUGGAACUACAUAACAAAGUAAAAACAGCUGCUGAUCUUGUCUCAGCAGCGGCUGAAGGAAUUAUCAAAGAAGGAACUCGACUUGGUAAAAUACAUGAAGCAAAAUCGUUGUCUCAGCAACUUUUGGCGUUUAAACAUUCCGGCGACGGCAAAUGCAUCAAUUAUCAUAAAAUCCCGUCGGAGAUUGGUGAAAUAUGUGUCAAUCUCUAUACACAAGACUCAUUUUGGUACAAACGAAUAAAUCACGUCCUUCGUACUGUAGCUAAUAUCACUCUUGAAAAAGUAAAGACAUUAGGUCCAUUCUGCUAUCUAUUGUAUUAUUAUUUACUUAAUAAUUCUACAACUGACAUUUUAACCGUGUACCGUAGUUUAAAUCUGACCGACAAAGAAAGGCAAAAGUUUAUGAGUGAUAAAGUCAAGCUCACCAGUUUCAUUUCAACAAGCAGAAGUCGAAAAGUUGCUGAGUUUUACGAUGGAAAUACACUUCUCAUCAUUGAUUUAAACAUGCAAUCUGAUAUGUUCGCUACAAAAAGUUGUGGUGCAAACAUUUCGUCUCUAUCUGCCUUUCCAGUGGAAGAAGAAUUUCUUAUUUGGCCUGGGACAGAAUUUCAUUUUGUAAAAUAUGUGUAUCAUAUGGCGAAGAAGAAACAUUUCAUUCAUUUAAAGGCUUUAAAAAAGAAAUCACAUUCGUCGAUCAGUAGCGUUUGA